AUGGAAUUGGCUGCGCGGCCGGUAUUCUGUGAGCUCAAGUCGGAUAAAUCGGCGGCACCGCUGCAGAUCCAGAAGCCGAAACUGGUGGAGCUGCCACAAACAGCCACCGACAAUGGGAAAAUUGUGCUGCAACCGAGACUGUGUACACUUAGAUCAUAUAGCGGUGAUCGCGCGGGGGUAAUCAAGGCCAAGAAUAUUGUUAACGGUGAUGAUCAAGUUUCAAAUUUUUUCGCGACCUUGUCUGAAUAUAUAGAGAGCUCGAAGAAGAGUCAGGACUUUGAGAUCAUUUCCGGUCGACUUGCCAUGAUGGUGUUUGCAGCAACAGUAAGCAUCGAGAUGGUGACUGGAAAUUCUGUUUUCAGAAAAAUGGAUUUGCAAGGUAUUGCGGAAGCUGCGGGGGUAUGUUUGGCGGCAGUGACGAGUGCGGCAAUUAUUGCAUGGUUUUCGAGUGCACGCAAAGGGGUAGGUCGGAUGUUUACCAUCCGUUGCAAUACGUUGAUCGACUUGCUCAUCGAUCAGAUCAUUGAUGGUUUAUUUUAUGAGAUCGAGCCACGUGAUUGGUCAGAUGAUCAAUUUUAG